AUGGAAUUUGAGUUAGAUGCUUUCUCGCCAGAGAUUCUAAAUGGAAUAAAUUGUUCAAGUCUACCACCACACAAGUUAGUUUUGAAGGUUGGCGCUCCUGUUAUGUUGCUGCGGAAUAUAGACCAAACUAAUGGUGUCUACAAUGGAACGAGGAUGCAAGUUAGAAGAAUGGGAAAUCAUGUGAUAGAAUGCAAGACUUUAACUGGUAACAAAGCUGGAAGUAUUGUUCUUAUCCCAAGACUGAAUCUAAUUUCAAAUAAUGAAACAUUACCGGUUGCGUUAUCAAGGGUAACGAGUAAAGAUGGUCUGCGAGUGCUGUUGCAAGAUCAUGGACACUUGGAAGAUAACUGCACGAUGAAUGUGUUUGAGAAUAUUAAACUUAUCGUAUCAGAGGAUAGCAUUGAAUUGUUAUUCAAUAGCUGUUUGCUUCAAAUCGAUCAAAAUGAAAACUUGGGGAACAUUUUUGCUCCUUCUCUGCUUACAAGCCUUCACUUGUGUAGUGAUCGGGAGGGUGAAUUCUUUCCUGGCAUUAACAAAAUUAAAUAUGAGGGUCCCUCUAGCAAGAAUCCACUUUCAUUUAAAUGGUAUAACGCAGAGGAAGAAAUUCUUGGAAAAAAGAUGAAGGACUGGUUCAGAUUUAGUGUUGCAUUUUGGCAUACAUUUCGUGGUACAGGUGCAGACCCGUUUGGUGCACCUACCAAGCACUGGCCGUGGGAAGAUGGUACCAAUUCUGUUAAAAUGGCUAAAAGAAGAAUGCGUGCAAACUUUGAGUUUAUAAACAAACUUGGAAUUGAUCUGUGGUGCUUCCACGAUCGGGAUAUUGCCCCUGAUGGAGAAUCUCUGGAGGAAGCUAAUGCAAACUUGGAUGAAGUGGUUGCCCUUGCCAAGGAGCUCCAGACUCAGGAGAAAAAGAAAGUUUUAUGGGGAACAGCUCAAUUGUUUAUGCAUCCUCGUUAUAUGCAUGGUGCUGCUACUAGCUCUGAGUUAGGCGUCUAUGCAUAUGCUGCUACACAAGUGAAGAAGGCUAUGGAAGUAUAUUUUCAUAUUAUAUAUAUAUAUGUUUUCUGGGGUGGCCGUGAAGGUUAUCAAUCCCUUUUGAACACAGAUAUGGAACGAGAGCUUAAUCAUUUGGCUAGGUUUUUUGAAGCUGCUGUUGCAUAUAAGAAGAAGAUUGGAUUCAAUGGGACUCUGUUGAUCGAACCCAAACCGCAAGAGCCUACAAAACAUCAGUAUGAUUGGGAUGCUGCAACCACAUCUAACUUCUUGCGAAAAUAUGGACUUAUAGGAGAAUUCAAACUCAACAUUGAGUGCAACCAUGCCACCUUAUCUGGUCAUAGUUGUCACCAUGAGCUUGAAACUGCAAGGAUUAAUGGACUACUUGGUAAUAUUGAUGCAAACACUGGUGAUCCUCAAGUUGGUUGGGAUACAGAUCAAUUUCUUGUAGAUAUUCAAGAAGCAACAAUGAUUAUGCUCAGUGUGGUCAGAAAUGGUGGAAUUGCACCAGGUGGAUUCAACUUUGAUGCCAAAUUGCGAAGAGAGAGCAUGGAUGUUGAAGACUUAUUUAUUGCUCACAUCAUCGGUAUGGAUACUAUGGCCCGCGGCCUCAAGAAUGUUGCUAAGCUAGUUGAGGAUGGUGCUCUAGCUGAGCUUGUUCGAAAGAGAUACCAGAGUUUUGACACUAAAAUUGGUGCUCAGAUAGAGGCUGGUAAAGCUGACUUUGACUUCUUGGAGAAGAAAGUUAAGGAAUGGGGAGAACCUAAGGUUGCUUCAGCCAAACAGGAGCUAGCUGAGAUGAUCCUCCAGUCUGCGUUGUAAAAAAGUAAAAAGCAUUUUCGAUGUGACUAAAAUGGG